AAUGGACAACAGCAACAACAAUGUAAGCAUGGAAAACAGCAUCAACCACAUCCAACGAAGGAGUUGUGUAUUUAGGCGAGAAAUAAAGAUGAUUUUAAGAUUUAUUGAGAGAAAUGUUUUAAAGCAAAUAUACUCGAGGAAGUCUCCAAGGGUUUUUGGUACACACUAUGCAAAAUGUUUAUCAAAUGCACAAGCUGGUUUAAGCAAUGGCUCUAAUCCUGUACUCGAUGAGGAUAAGAUUUUACGCGAUUUAAACAGCCUACCUGUAGAAGUUUUAAAGGACUUUAGAAACUUUGGAAUAGAAAAAGCAAGAAGAGUUGAGAGUUAUCGUCAACAUAAUGAUGGCUUAAAGUCAAUCCAAGACCUUGGAAACAUUGAUGGAUUCACACCUUCAAUCAUUAAAUCAAUUCAACAGAAAGGCCUUGUUUUGAAACAGAAAGGAGGAUAUAACAAGAUACUUAGGGAAUCAGAGGCAAAGGAUGUGAAGUCAAUCACAGCAAUAACAAUUGGAAGCCAUGAAAUAUGCUGGUGUAGCAUCACAAAGCAGUUACAGGUUGUCUCCUGGGUGAGUGAGGAAUGGAAAAGAGAAAAAGGAUAUCUCCCAAAAACGUUCAUAACUAAGGUAGAGAAAUUACUGGAGAAGAUACCUCAGAGCGAUAUCAAUGUCAUAGAAUCACAAAGCUAUAAAUCAUCAUCAAGAGAUCCAGUUGUUUUCCCAUACAUCUUACACAGCCGUUUGACUGAAGCACUGCUGCAUUCAUUAUCAAAAGUUAAAACUGUCUCGUUUGAUCCAAACAUUAUACGGAGACACUUUGACCUAUCAAAAGGAUUCAAUAAACAAUAUUAUUCUGUUGCAUUGGUCAAUGAUCUUGUGUCAGAAGAUUUAAAAAGAAACAAAAAAGUCUCCACAGAGGAGGUUGAGCAGAAUGUUGAUAAGAUGAACGCUUUACCUGGAUGCACAGAAACUGUUUCCAAUUUAGUAACUGAAAGUGGCAAGAAGUCGGCAAUACUUCAAAGCCACGAGAAACUGAAUCAAUUAAGUAUUCCAGAAGAUUUCAUUGAACUAUAUGCAAAUAAGCAGAGGAAGGAAGGCCUUGGCAAUGCUAUUCUACUGGCAUUGACAUUCCUCGAACUUGAAAUAUUGAAAAUGGAAAAAUGAAUUUGUUUUUGUAAUUUUAGUAUCUGCUAACAAUAUUUUUUUUCCAUGCGUAACAUGUGGUUAAACCCUGAGCAAAGAGUUAAGACCAACAUGGUUUGAUAUUUUAUGUGCACUCGCUUGAGCAUGGCAUGACACUGACAACUUUCUGGAAGAAAUGUUUUUGAAAUAUCUACAAAAGUUCAAAAGUAAUUAAUGUUAUAUUGCACCCUUCUUUAUAUAUGAGAGCAGUAGAAGCUCCCUUCUGUUGUAUUUUUUAUCUGCUUUCCUAGCCUAAACUGCUUUCUUCUAAACUGUGUUACAUUCACAGAAUGAAAUUCUUAUUCCUGUUGUUGUUUCUCUGUCAUUUUAGCUGUACUUCUUGAAAUUUUAAUUUAAUUUGAAUGCAGUUCGAAACAAUCACAAUCAAUUUAACUAGACUAUAUAACUUUUAUUUUGAGUAAAAGCUGUUUCUUUCCAUGUUAUGGCUCAUGUGUGAAAGUGAAGUGGUCACCAGAAAUACCGAAACAAAAAAACAAGAGACUUGGUUUCAGGGAAGUGAACUGCUCAUCAUUUGA